GCCUUCUUUUCCUUCCGCCACGUACCCUGGAGUAGACACCUUUCAGCCGUGGAUCGUGGGUGUUUGUUGCCAGUCAACCGACUUCACAGAAUCAUCGGCCCUAGCCCUGCCCCCGCCGCUGUGAUGCUCGAGCUACAACUACCCAACCCAAUGCCUCAUGCCGUGGGCUCAGACCGCCCCUUCGACUCCUACUCUCACGCCUCCUCCAAACUGGAACACAGCAGGCCGCCGCUGCCCAAGCCCAUCUCGCGAGCAGACCUUCUCUACCACACCAGCGUGUCUCGGGCCCCUCCAACUCCACCAACAGACAUGUCGAGCUCAACUCUGGGGCCAAUGUCCGUAUAUCAGCACGGCAGCAUGAGACCAGACUUCAGAUCCAACCGCCAGGUGAAUGGACCUUCUGCGCAGUAUUCGGUGCCAGCCCACUCGACCUACCAGCUCCCGACCUACAACACCUCGAGAGCUGCAGCGGCCCCCUCGAGUCCCAUUGUCCAGAGUGCUCCGGUGUCUUCGCAGUCUGCCCACCGCAGGAAAGUCUCCAACAAUACGAUUGCUCCAAAUCUGAAGACACCCCCCACUAUCAGCACCCCCCAGGAGGGCCUGCCGCAACUUGCUGCCGAGAUAACAUGCCUCUUCUGGUUCGAGAACUCGUCAACCCUCAAGCGCGUUCUUCAACCCGGUUCCCCGCGACCUCUAGGCCCUCUAGUUCCAGACGCUACCCCAACAACUGGAUUCCGGAAAUGGGUCGCCACAAUCUUGACGACCACUCAGGUUGCGCAGAACGUCAUCUUACUGGCCCUGAUGUUCAUUUACAGGCUCAAGCAAAUCAACCCGAGUGUCAAAGGCAAGCCAGGCAGCGAGUACAGACUUCUCACGGUAGCUCUGAUGCUGGGCAACAAAUUCCUCGACGACAAUACCUACACAAACAAGACGUGGGCAGAGGUUUCUGGUAUCUCGGUGCUCGAAGUGCACAUUAUGGAAGUUGAAUUCCUCAGCAACAUGAGAUAUAGCCUUUUCACUUCCGAAAAGGAGUGGCUGGAUUGGCAUGUCACGCUGGGCAAGUUCGGUACCUUCUUCGACCAGGCAUCACGUAUGCCAACGCAGAACGUGCUCCCGAGUCCAAUCGGCCCGCCAACUCCAUCAUUGCAGCUACCACCGACUCUUCUGCCGUCUCCACCCACUUCGCUCCACACAUCGCCACCGAAUCUUUCCAAUUACUCGCCAAACAGGCAACCAGUACAUUCUAAUACCCCGAUGCUUUAUCCCCAGGCAACGUCGACCGCUGUCUCACCAAUCGGUCCUCUUCCGGAACUUGGACCAUUGAACAACAGGAAACGAAGCUACGACGAGUCACUGGAGCCACCCGCGAAGAGACCGGCUCAUACCUACAGCCAACCACCAAUCAACAGCGGUCUAAACAUUCCAUCACUCCAGCCUUCCAUCGGGAGACCUUUCCAGAACCACCAGACUUUACCACGCCUGCCACCUCUGCCAAGUCUGUCGAUCCCGCCUCCGCAUCCCGGCCGUACGCCUGUUCAAAUGAGCAACUUGCCUCAAUUACCAAUGCCAGGAAACAGGUCUAUGGCAAUGGUUUACCCGCCUGUCAGCCAAUGGAGUCAAUCUUACUCGACUCCGACAUCUUCUGCUCCCGGACACUCGGCGAUGCAUACUCCCAUCGACAGAUCCCGACAAGUCAGCCCCUUCCCGAUUGGAUCCACCAAUUCGUCUCCAGUCAGCGCAACUUUCCCGUCCGGGAACCAGAAUCGCCUCUCUCCCAACUACUUCCUUCAGCAGAGGCAGUCGCCUUAUCGGCCAGUCCGAAGCGUCACUACUCUCCUAGUACCUCCACCAUCUACUUCGAUGCACAUGCCGCAAAGACCGAUUUCACUGGAUCAAAUGCAAUAUCAACCAUUGGGUCGGCCUAUGAAUGAACGGAGAGUCGGACCACUACCCUACAUGCAUCACGAAGCGUGGCCGGAAACGAAUCAAUUCAACCAACUGCCCGGCUUGGUUCAACCCGUGCUCCGUCAUUAAUCAGAUGCACCCCGCCGGCAACCUCAAAAAUCGUGUGAUGAAGUGCCAAUGUUGAUCAUCACGUUUGGAACAUUGAGCACGUCUUUCCAUGCUUCUUUCGUUAUUGAAGAGCAGAUGGAAUUUUUGUCAAUUUUUGUUUUUGUUUUUGCUGCGUUUAAGCGAUUGCAUUGCACCCGGUCGGCGUCUCUGUCUUAUUAUGGGAAUGGGCAAAUUUGCUCCUGCUUCAGGCCUGAGGCUCUAGCACCCUGCAUUUUCCACAGGACAUCUGCAU